GCGCGGCGGCGGCGGCCGGAGGAGCGACGCGCGGCCCCCGAGCGCGCCCACGCCGUCCCCGCACGCGGUCCUCGACCCGCUCGGCGACCCCGCAGCCGACCCCGCGGCCGAGCAUGGGCGCGCGCUCCUCGGCCGGGCCCCGCGCCCGGGCCGGGCUCCUGCCGCCGCUGCUGCUGCUGCUGCUGCUGCUCGGGCCGCUGGCGCAGGGGGCGCGGGGCCGCGGCGGCGCCGAGAAGAACAGCUACCGCCGCACGGUCAACACCUUCUCGCAGAGCGUCGGCAGCCUGUUCGGCGAGGACAACGUGCGCGCCGCGCAGAAGUUCCUGGCCAGGCUGACCGAGAGGUUCGUCUUGGGGGUGGAUAUGCUCGUGGAGACGUUGUGGAAAGUGUGGACAGAGCUCUUGGACGUCCUGGGACUUGACGUCUCCAACCUGUCCCAGUACUUCAGUCCGGCCUCGGUGGCCAACAGCCCUGCCCGUGCCCUGCUGCUGGUGGGCGUGGUCCUCCUGGCCUACUGGUUCCUGUCUCUCACCCUGGGCUGCACCUUCAGCGUCCUGCACCUGCUGUUCGGCCGCUUCUUCUGGAUCGUGCGGGUCGUCCUGUUCUCCAUGUCGUGCGUGUACAUCCUGCACAAGUACGAGGGCGAGCCCGAGAGCGCCGUGCUGCCGCUCUGCUUCGUCGUGGCCGUCUACUUCAUGACCGGGCCCAUGGGCUUGUACUGGCGCGGCAGCCCCAGCGGCCCCGGCGGCCCCGGCAGCCCCGGCGUGGAGGAGAAGCUGGAGCACCUGGAGAACCAGGUCCGGCUGCUCAACAUCCGCCUCAACCGGGUGCUGGAGAGCCUGGACCGCAACAAGGACAAAUGAAGGUCGGCCGGCCGCCUGGGUCCUCUUCCACCAGCGCGGGCUCUCGGAAAACCAAAAAGGAAGAAAAAAAAAUAGCAACAACCCUAAACACUCUUAAUAAACACUGCUGAGCGAGACGGUGGCACUUUGGGAGGGUGUGAGGAGGGCGUCUGUCCGACGCCACGCCACGUGUCGGCAGCGGGAGGAACAUUUUUUAAACAAAGGCUGUAACCAUAUUAGCUGUACAGUCAGAGAGAUUUAUCUGUGCAUAGAGCAUAAUGUUACUUUUUCAAGCAUUUAAAUACAUCUUUUGUAAGGCUUUUUUAAUGCGGGCAGAUGGAGUGAAGUUUAUUAAGACUACGCUGAGGGGAGAGUGUGCUGCCGCGUGUUUCGGGAAGGUCCCGGCGCGGUUGCCUCCGAGCGUGUGGACAGGCGGGUGAGGUCAGCGCGCGCGUUCUCAGGUUCCAAAGUGGAGCUGUGUUUUCCAGGUCCUUGGUUGCUGUUGACUUUGCAGAUGUGCACACUUUGGCCUGAGGAUAAAACACCCUCUCUCGGGUCCUAGCCGGCCCCGCCAGGCCCUGCAAAGCCCCGCUCCAUUAUCCUCGGGGAGGCCCGAGGUCCAUUUUCCUCUGUCCUCGGAUGUAUUUUAACCUCCACAUUCCUGAAAGGAAAAUGCAAGGAUGGGGCUGGGACACAUCUCUGGGCCUGAUGCCGAGAGUUGGGGAGGUGUUGAAGCCCCAGCGCCUGCUGGCCGACUCCCGGCUGUGGUCCGCGCGGGAACACUGCGCCCUCAGCUGCUUUGUUUGCUUGGUUUGGUUGUGGUUGACCCGGGACUCCUGGCCUUUGCUUGCUGCUCACAAAGCAGCCUGGGGUCAUCAGUAGAGCCUGGUGUCGACGUGUGCUCUGUGCUUUUGGUCUGCAGAGCGCUGUGUCCUCGUUUGAGGUCAUCUCUGGGUCCACGGUGGGUGGACAGCUGUGUGGGUCCCAGGCCGGGGAGCUUCGGGGAAGAUGGGCCCUUGCUGGGAUCUCACUGGGAUCUCACUGGGAAGGGAGCUGGCUUUUGCAGGAGGCGGUUUUGCAGGCUGCUGGGGAUGGCACCUGUCCCCCAGAGCCCUCCUGCGGAUUCUCACGGACCCCUGUCAGAUCUGGGGGUGCUCAGACCUCACGGUCGUCCAGGCGUCAGCCUGAAGGCUUAGCUGUCUGCCAGUUCCUGGGUAGCUUGUGUGUGAAGUUGUGUUUCAGGAAAAAGAUGUCUGGAGCUUGUAUUUCUAAGGUGCACAUCACGGGACCCAGUCUCUCCUGCGUCCGGGUCUCCCUGUUCUCCAGGGUUGCCUGGCUGAGCCUUUAUCCUGGACUCUGGAUGGAAGCCAUUCCAGUCUUGUCGUCAGACUCACAGCCGAUCCACGUUGGCACAGGUAUGAGCGACGUCCGUCCUUCCCUGCGACCGGCUGUGCCACCUUUAGGUGCCGAAACGCGGCCAGGGGAACACCGGCACCCUGCACCGCGCCAGGGAGCCGGGCCCUUGCCCUGCCUCCUCCCUUGUGGCCGCAGGGAGAUGCCUGGUGGUGAAACCGUCCUGGGCUGGGUGUGGCCUCCCCUCUGCUCUCCCUCCCCGGCUUCCCCCGGGCGUGCAGGGCACUGAGCUCGCCAGGCGCAGACGGCCGUCAGCAGUUGGCUAAGGAUGGACCCUGGAGCCCCUCCCGUUUUGGUUGCACUCGGGGGACAGCGGCGUCCUCGCUAGGGGGAACUGGUGACGCCGGAGCACUUGAGCCGAGCGCGUUAUCUGGAGUUCUCAUCGAUGCCCUCGAUGCCAGCUGCGAAACGUUUUUAGCGAUUUUUAAUACACAGAUUCCACUUUUGUUCAGGAAAAUUCUUGGCCCCAAAUAGUUUGGGGUUUUUUCUUGGUUUAUUUCUCCAUCCCACAGAAGCUUUGUAGGGCAUUUGGCCUCCCCUCGCCAUCUCUCUUUUCUCACUUUUGUAUGUGGAAAAAUGUAUUUUUGUACACACUUCUCAUACCUGGAAGAGAAACUUGUAAUCUUCAGGGCUGGAGGGUCGGCUAGAGCUGUGCUUCACGGGGUGUGAUCCCAGACAUUCCGGUGACAGUUGCUGGGGAUCCGUUACCAUGCUUCGAUGUCUUCAGUUUCAUGGUGUUGGCGUCCCCAGGCGCCAGUAUCCCAGGAGCUAGCCUGUAGGGUGGGAGGCGUGGCCGGGCAGAGCCCUGGGUAUGUGCAGGCCUGGGGGGUCGCCGGGAGCCACGCUGCAAUCCCUGGCAUCUUGUCUUCACGCCUCUGCCGGGAAUCGCUCCUGCAGCCACAGCAUCGCGACAGCAGGCCUUGUGCGUCGUGCUGGGCUCUUCAUCAGAGGGGUGACCGAGGGCCGGCGCCCAGAGGUGAAUGCCACCGGGGAGGUUUUCACAGGGGGCCACGCAGGCGCUGUGCGGGGUGCAGGCUGGGGUCUGUCGUCGGGAGAGUUACAACGCGACUCGCAGGCCCAGGAGGGCUGCCAUGAAGGCGUGGCAGAAGCCCUGUGCUCACCAGUGGGGCUGUCACUCAGCAGACCUCAGGAGAGGUGGAGUGUGACAGAUGUCGGGCAGACAGCACAGCCUCUGAGGAUGCGGCUGACGCUGCUCCUUGCUGGCGGGAACCCUGAAUCCCUGCUUGGGGUGGGCUUCGUGGUGACAGCAGCCUCGCGGCUGCCACCUGCUGACGGACGUAACCAGAGCCAGCUGGUGGCAGGGGGCAGCAGGAGUUCCCAGGGCUCCUCCCAGCUUUUACCCAGAAGCGUGUCACCAGUUUGAGUGUGGACGUUCUGGUCUUCUCGUGUGAGUGGCAGAACGGCACAGACGUAUGUUGCAGCGGGACCCUUACAGUUCGCCCUGGACGACGCCCGGCGUGCCAGGCGCAGCUUCUGGCGGGAAGGCCCGGCUUUGUUCCGACACUGGACUCUGUGCUUUGCUCCUCACUGGGUUUCAGCACCAGGAUCUGCAGUGGUACUGGCUUCUCUUGUGGUGGCACGAGCUGACUGUCGUUUGCAUCGUCCACGGGGAACCCGUGGCGGCUCACGGCGUCAUCGACCCUGUGUUCCGAUGCCCUCUGUGCAGGGUCGGAGGUCGCGCCGUGUCACUGUAACAUCCACACGUGCGUCCUGCGUGGUGCUGUCGCUCCCGGGUGAUGGCACCGGGAUUAGCACACGCUUCCAGGCCAGCAAAGCAGCUAUCUUCCUCGACUGGCAUCACCCUGUGAGGUGAGGCACCUUGUCAAGAGCGCAUUCACGAUUCCACUCGUAUUCGUGCUUUGGGUUAUACAUUUUAUAUAGCGUUAAUUGGACGCUGUAGAUCUGUUUGGUUUGAACACAGUGGUGUUUGUGCUUUUUAGUUCUAUUUGGGAGACUGAUUCUACAAGAACCUUAGACAUUAAUGUAUUGGGCUUAGAAUCAUUUUUUUUUUUUUUGCAGUAUCUACAAUCUUAUUUAUUAAAUCACUGGACUUGGUGUUAUGUAGAGAUAUUUGUAGAUUGAUUUCAGAACAGAAUUAGAAUAUUGUGGAAAUUACGGCUUAAUAAACGUUUGUUGUAAUUUUGUUC